GUCGUGUAAACUCGGCUCCGACGAUAAAAACCGAGCGGUCACGUUUCUGCUCCUCCCUCUUUGCCUCUGUCCGUCGGCCAGGUUGCAGCAGCACUACUCACCCUGCCGUGAAUUAAACACCAGAAAACAAUCAUGUCUGACAAACUACCAUUCAAAGUUGCUGACAUGACCCUGGCUGAAUGGGGACGUAAGGCUAUUGAUAUUGCAGAGAAUGAGAUGCCUGGUCUGAUGAAGAUGAGGGAGAUGUACGGUCAGUCUAAGCCCCUGAAGGGCGCUCGCAUUGCCGGAUGCCUCCACAUGACCCUCCAGACAGCUGUGCUCAUUGAGACCCUCAUUGACCUUGGUGCUGAGGUUCAGUGGUCCAGCUGCAACAUCUUCUCCACUCAGGAUCACGCUGCUGCUGCCAUUGCCAAGGCUGGUAUUCCAGUGUACGCCUGGAAAGGUGAGACUGAUGAGGAGUAUGUCUGGUGCAUCGAACAGACCCUGUACUUCAAAGAUGGCCAGCCCCUCAACAUGAUCCUGGAUGACGGAGGAGACCUGACCAACCUGGUCCACCAGAAAUAUCCCAAGCUAUUGGCAGGUAUCCGUGGACUGUCAGAGGAGACGACCACAGGUGUCCACAACCUGUACAAGAUGAUGAAGAAGGGUGACCUGAAGGUUCCUGCCAUCAACGUCAACGACUCUGUCACAAAGAGCAAGUUUGACAACCUGUAUGGCUGCAGAGAGAGUCUGAUUGACGGCAUCAAGCGUGCCACAGAUGUCAUGAUCGCAGGUAAAGUUGCGGUGGUGGCAGGUUACGGUGACGUGGGUAAAGGCUGCGUUCAGGCUCUCCGUAGCUUCGGUGCUCGUGUCAUUGUCACAGAGGUCGACCCCAUCAAUGCCCUGCAGGCCGCUAUGGAGGGUUAUGAGGUUACCACCAUGGAUGAAGCCUGCAAGGAGGGAAACAUCUUUGUCACCACCACUGGCUGUGAGGACAUCAUUGUUGGACACCACUUUGAGAACAUGAAGGAUGACGCCAUCGUCUGUAACAUUGGACACUUUGACUGUGAGAUUGACAUGGGCUGGCUCAACAAAAAUGCUGCUAAGAAGAUCAACAUCAAGGCUCAGGUGGAUCGCUUUCGUUUGAAGAAUGGCCGUCACGUCAUUGUCCUGGCUGAGGGUAGACUUGUGAACCUGGGCUGUGCCAUGGGACACCCAUCCUUCGUCAUGAGCAACUCCUUCACAAACCAGGUGCUGGCUCAGAUCGAGUUGUGGAUGCAUACUGAUAAAUACCCUGUGGGAGUCUACUUCUUGCCUAAGAAGUUGGAUGAGCAGGUGGCCGCUGCCCACCUUGAUAAACUUGGGGUGAAGUUGACCAAGCUGACAGAGAAGCAGGCCUCUUACCUGGGUCUGCCCACAGAGGGGCCCUUCAAACCGGACCACUAUCGCUACUGAGACUGUUCACCUUACUGGGAAAUAAGAGAAGAAGUAAGGCAGAGGUGUGGCUGGACAGCUGGUGGUGGUUUGGUGGGUGAGGGCACAUGAAACAUUAAGUCAGGAGGCACUUUUUAAUGGCCACUUUGGUUUUGGACAAAUAAGAACUUUUCAAGGAAAUGGACAGUUUUUGCUUGCUCUUCUCCAACAGACUUCUAUACCAAAUGCUAAAGAAAUGUUUAACAAGUUGCAUCUUCUGUUGCUUGCAGUGAUCUGGCAUGGCCAAAGUUAAUCAAAGCCUUGUUCUGCUUUGCAUUUAAGUUUAGAACCAAUGAGGCUGAUGUGUGUGCUAAGAUGGUGAACUUUUUGUUCACUUUUUAGAGCAGCAGCUACUUCUGUGCUUCAUCUGAAAAUCAUAUCUUUAGGAUUCUCCAGCUCGUCUACCUUCACACCUGCUGUCUCUUCUCUCUUUUUCCCAUUCCAACUCUUAAGAAACACCAUCUUGUGCUACUAUGAUUGUUCUCAAAGAGAAUUCCUCAUGUUGUCAUUCCCUCAAGUGAACCCCUCAUCUCUUUUUCUACCCAAACCCUUUCCUCUCGCGUAGUGGCUUGAAGAGAAAAGGUAUUUUAUUUCAUAUCUUAGUCGAGGCAAAUGGUUAAGUGGCCUUGUUCCAUUGUGGGUUCACAUUAACACUGCCCUGUGUUAGCACUUAAUAGACAAACUGUACUUGAGCUGUGAAAAAAGUGCAGCGAUACUUGCCAAAGGAGCCACCAAAGCUCAUCAUCAUGCCUUUGUCUGAUUAAAGAAAAAAAAGUAUUUUA